GACGCCACUCUGAACUUCACCCCCGAUCUCCCUGCUCCCGCUUCUCCCUCCUUCACCUUACUCAGGUUUUUAUUCUCCUAUUCAUGUCAAUGCCGCAUCCUCAAAUAUACCACAAUGCCUUCUCCUCGAGUAACACUAGUCCUAUUUCCGCGCGCGACCCUCUCUGCCUCUCUCUCAACCUACCGGAGCAUUUCAACCCAACCUCUACGACCACAAUUACACACACGCCAGCGACCACAACAAUGCUCAAGGCCAUCUAUCUUCUUCUUCUCAACAAGCAACCCAGCUCAUGCCCGGGCCCGUGAACUAAAUUUUUACGAAAUCCUCGACGUUCCCACUACCGCAUCAGCAGCGGAGAUUAAAAAACAAUUCUAUGCCCUCUCAAUGCGCCACCACCCAGACCGCAACCGUACAGAUCCAGACGCAGGCCAACGCUUCGCCCGCAUUUCCGCCGCCUAUAACGUCCUCGGCAACGUCUCGAAACGCGCAACCUACGACCGUGACCACGGCUUCCACACCCCUCAACACACCUCCCCAGGCCAGACCCACAGCCACCAACACCCGAUGGGCAGUCACAGCAGCUAUGCCGGCUCGCGCCCCGCCAGCGGGCUGAGCAAGCGGCGAACUGCAUUCCGCGGUGCGCCACCGAGUUUUUACGAACAGGGCGGAUAUGGCACUACGGGGAGGCAGGCACAGGGGUGGGCGGCUGGCGGUGGGAGUGGUGGUGCUGGGACGGGGUUCGGGACUGGCGGUGGUGCUGAGACGAAGCAUGCUGAUCCUGAGGAUUGGGAGGGGUUUAUUCGUCGGAAUCCAUUGAAUCAUUUUAACGCGCAGGGUCAUUUCCGGACGCAGUCGGCGGAGGAUAGAAGGAGGAGGGAAAGGAGGAAGGAGGCCAGGAGGAUUGAUGAGGAUAGGGAUACCCCUGAUCCUAGGGUUGAUCAGACGGUUUCAAGGUUCUUUCUUUGUUCCGGGUGUCUGAUUGUUAUGCUUGUUGUAGUGGACUUUUGGCGGUCGGUUCCUAAGGUUGUUGAUGGGGACAGGAAGAAGCAAAGGGGAAGUUUGUCUUCUUGA